AUGCUCCCCAGAUCACUACUAAGAACGCUGCUGCCAGCCCUAGGCUGCUUGGCUCAGCUAUCAGCAUCAUCUCCACUUGAAUCAGUAUAUCAGAGCAACAUACGGUCUAUACGCCGCAACGAUGUUCUAGAAGACCGAAACACCCAACUGCUCCGGCUAUCCGAGGACGAUGCUUCGAAUGAAACAGAGGGACAGGAUGCCUCGUGGCUACAUGAGCAUUCUAAGCUUGAGCGAGCGGACCUGGACCGGCUCCUCGGCGAAUUAGGGCUGACCUACGGUGAUGCUCGAGAAUUGGUCAAGAGAUAUGCUGGUACCGACCCGGUCUGCACCAGUGCCGGGCCAUCUAGCACAGCUGCGCCCACAAGCCAGCCAACCUCGACUGCACCAGUUUCGGCGGGCGCUCGUAACAUGAACGUCGUGUACUAUGCCCAGACUCCGGCAACUAAUCAAGUACCCCUUUCCGAUAUCUGCAGAGACCCCAACGUCGAUAUCGUCAUCCUGUCCUUUAUCACCGAUUUCUAUUCGGCGGGUGGCUAUCCUAUGCUCAACCUUGGACCCCGGUGCUGGGCCGCCAACUCCGUACAACAAGCUGCUGGAGCUACCGGGUUGCUCGACUGUGUUGGUGACGGUUUCGCCAACCAGGUCGCUGCAUGCCAGCAAGCGGGCAAGAAAAUGAUGCUCUCGGUCGGCGGCGCCAUCGCCACCAACGAUCUUCCCUCGGCCCAAGCGGCCACAACGGCGGCUCAAAUGAUCUGGGAUCUUUUCCUGGGAGGCAGCGAUGCUAGGCUGCAACCUCUCCGCCCUUUCGGCCCGAACAUCAAACUCGAUGGCAUCGACAUCGAUAACGAAGCACCCGCGUACUCGACCUAUAUUCCCGAAUUUGUCAGCGCCCUCCGCACUUUGUAUGCACAAGACUCAUCUAAGCAAUACUUCCUGAGUGCUGCGCCACAGUGUCCUCGGCCAGAUCAGAGCAUACCGAUGCCUCAGAUUAUCCCGGACCUCGACUACGUAUUCGUGCAGUUCUACAACAACCCCCAGUGCAACGUCAAUGCCGGCACCGGUUUCUUGAACUCCCUUCAAUCCUGGAGUCAGGAUCUAUUGGCCGCAUCUCCCGGCGCCCCUCGACGCCGCCGAGCCAUGGUGAACAGCGGCAGACCACCUCCAAAGGUCUUUAUCGGCGUGCUCGCGGCAGAGGGAAGCGGGCACGUGACGCCCGCCGAGCUCAUGACGAUCCUCAACACCGUCAAGGGCUUGAACAUUCCCAACCUCGGGGGCGUUUCGUACUGGGAUGGUGCGUAUCAGGCAUUGAGCGGUCAGGGUGGCCAGAAGAGCUAUGCCGAGGUCGUCAGGGAGACCUUGGCCUGA